ACGCAAAUUCUACGACGUAAAGUAAAACGUCAUCACGCAGCGCUUACUGCUUCUAACUUGCGGGAAAAACCAACUUGUUUACAUAUUUGAACCAAGAUUGUACAGUGGAUUUUGGCAUGAAAUAAGGAUUUAACUGGUUCGGGUGUCCCUGACCGCUUCAUCUGUGUCCAUGGCGUCCAUGGAGUCCGAGGGGACUGGAUCCGGGGUGCCCGGGGUGCCUGUUGCUGACGUCAUCAACUCCAUCCGGGAGCGCUCCAUCAUAGAGAACAGCAUGGUGGUGCUGCUGCAGGGCCUGCAGGGACAGGUGACCACGGUGGACCUGAGGGACGAGAGCACAGCACGGGGCCGCGUGGUCAACGUGGACGCCUACAUGAAUGUUCGUCUGGCGGAUGUGCUGUACCGGGACAGACGCGGUAAGCUCACCCGGCUGCAGGACCUGUUCAUCACGGGCAGGAACGUCCGCUACGUCCACAUCCCAGACCACAUGGAUAUAAUGAAGACCAUCGAGAGCCAGCUGGCCAAGAUCCACAGAGUCCGCAACUUUGGAGGAGGCAGAAAAGAGUACGCCAAGACAAAAUAAAACUUAUUUUCUUUUUCAUAUAAGGAUACAAAACUCAGUGGAGUGCUGCUUGUGCAAGACUAGUCCUGAAAUACUUUUAAGAAGACAAGCAUUUUUUCUUUUUUUCCAGAUGUGAGGACAAGUAUCAUACACGAUCAGCAGUUUCCAGUCUUCAGAGAGUGAAAAAAAAAAAUCAGUUACACAAAACCUUUUCCAGACUUUCUUUCUAUGGCUGCAACUUACAAUUAUUUUCAUUAUUAAUUUAUAUACAGAUUGUUUUCUUGAUUAAUUAUUGAAUAUUUUGUCAACAUAAUGUCACAAAACAAAACAACUAUGAUUUAUAUCUUGUUAUAUUUGACCAGAACACAAAGAAGGUUGAGAAAAGCAGCAAAUACUGACGGUUUUUCAAGCUGAAACCAGAGAAUGUUUAUUUUUUUGCUUUAAAAUUGAUGAAAUGUGUAAUCAUCUAUUAGAAAAGCUGCAGAUGAAUUUCCUUUAAUUGCUCAGUCAGCUGGUUGUUGCAGCUCAACACAACAUAAAAAUUUGUCUGUAAAGCACUGGACUCGCGAAUGAGUUGAACACUGUGUGUUUGUAACAUUAAACUGUCAACCAUUUCUUUUGAAGAAGUUACAACAAUUUUUUUUGAGAUGCACUCUGGAGUUAUGAAUAAAGAUGCUUAUAAUUAUCUAA